CAGGGGGGGGGGGAAUAGGAAUGUUGGUGCAAACACUCCCUUUUCUGGUGUGGAGUCUUCCAGCAGUUGUAAUUUCAACAAAAAGCUGGAGGAGAGGAGGCAGUGGAAUUCACACCCACCCCUUCCGGUACCCUGUGAACAGUCCGGGAAAAUACUCACUGACAACAAGAGGGGAGGAAGUGGCUUGAUGAAAACAUUUGGAGCUGACAAACUUGUUUGUGCCAGCGUCCCUAUGCUUGUGAGUCUUGGAGCAGAGAGACAACAAAAGCCCCCAGUGGCUCUGACCAGCAGAAAAGGAGGCAAGUGAUUGCAGGGUCCAGCCAGUCUCCUUGGCUGCCAAGUUCCAUCAAGAAGAAUUUCUACAACUAGACAAGCAUGGCAGGAGGGUUGUGCCCUGCGCUACAGAAGCUCAUAGUUUGGGCAGCAUUUCUGCUGAUGCAAGGUUCGAAGUCUCUUACAGAGGAGGUUGUACCAUAUAUCAUCGAUCACCCCUCUGACCUUGUGGUACGCUGGGACCAGGCUGCGACCUUGAACUGCCGUGCGGCUGGGAACCCGACACCCACCAUUGAGUGGUAUCGCAAUGGCGAGUAUGUGAAGACAAACAAAGACGAUGGUCCCUCCCAACGCACCCUCCUGCCGGGUGGGUCCCUCUUCUUCUUACGCCUCAGCCAGAGGAAGGGAAAAUCGGACGAGGGCGUAUACAACUGCGUGGCCAGAAACCACCUGGGUGCAGCCGUUAGCAAGAAUGCUUCUCUUUAUGUGGAAGCUCUGCAAGAAGAGUUUCGGCUUCAUCCCAGCAACUUGGUGGUGACAGCUGGAGAACAAUUGGCGCUGGAAUGCUUGCCCCCUAGAGGACACCCUGAGCCUACCAUUUCGUGGAAAAAGAACGGCGUCCCCAUAAAUGAGGAAAAUGGUCAUUAUGAGGUGACCAACACAAAGCUUUUGGUAGCCCAUGCUUUGAAGAGCGAUGCAGGAGCAUAUGUCUGCAUGGCCACCAACCAAGUAGGAGAGCGAGCAAGCAGAGCUGCCUUGGUCUCCGUUUUGGAAAAGCCAGUAUUCACUCGGCGGCCUAAUGAUGUCGUGGCCAAGCUUGGCAGCACCGUCCUGUUCAUGUGUGGAGUCCACGGAGACCCAAUACCCACCAUCCAGUGGCACAAGGAAAUGGGAGAGCUUCCCUCCGGAAGGUAUGAAGUAAACAGAGAAAACGUCCUACAGAUUCAGCACUUGACAAUGAACGAUGCCGGGAAAUAUGUCUGUUCUGCUCGCAACCAGGUGGGAACCAUCACUGCCAAAGCAUCUUUAACAGUGCAAGAUCCCCUGGACACUAGCCAGAGCAAGCAGGACAGGCCAAAAGAUGCAUUGAAGGAGCCGAUGGAUGCAAAGGUUUACCUGGCAAACGUCACUGCUGUCCCCUCCACGCCAGCAGCCCACCUGCACUGGAAGGUUGUCUCCUCUUCUCAGCGCAUAGAUGGCUAUGUGGUGUUCUACCGCUCCCUGUUGCCUGUGACCACACACUGGGCUGAAUGGCAUGCCCAAAGCAACCACCGUACCAUCAUCCCAGGGCUUGAGAGAGGUUAUAAGUAUGAGUUCAAGGUGCAACCAUAUUCAGGGAAGGUUUAUGGCUUGGACAGCAACGUAAGGGAUCUCUGGAUCCCAGAAGAAGUGCCUGGUGCUUCCCCUGAGAGCAUCAGCAUCACCACAUUUCAAGAUGUGAAUGGCACUGUGAUCAUCCACUGGGAGGCCCCUCCACAAGACAUGCACAAUGGUAUCAUCAAAGGUUACCAGGUCUGGUUCUUGGGCAAUGAAACUUCCUCAGGCUCCAACAGAACAGUGGGUGGAGAAACACACAGCCUAGAAGUGACAGGCCUGGCUAAUGGGCAAAAAUUCUGUGUCCAGGUAGCAGCAGUCAAUGGAGCUGGAAUUGGAGUGCCCAGUAAUCCUGUAUGCAGUGCUGUAGAGCCGAUAGUCGAGAAGAUGGCCAAGACCCCGGACUUCCAUUCCGCCAACUACAUCCUGGAAGUGGUGCGCCAACCUGUCUUCAUUGCCAGUGUGGGCUCGGCCCUCUGGGUCAUGCUGAUGGCUUUCACGGUUUACGUUUGCCAGCAGCAAGCCAGGCAGUAUGGCCGGAGACAUCCAUAUGCUCUAGGUGAAGGUUUGUAUAGAAACGCCAGUGAUGACACCAUCAUCAAACACAGGGUAGACUGUAGUGAUUCUCCCUGGCUUUCAAACACAUGGAAGUCAACUUCAGGCUCCAAGAACUACAGCACCAGCAGCAGCUUGAGCAGUCAGCUCUUGUGGACCGAACCCAAAGAUAACCAGGAAUCCCACAAAUCUACAGCAUCCUUCGACAGGCAGAGCCAAGGUUCCCACAUCCAAACUGUUCCUAUGGUGCCUGAUAGCAGGAGCAGCAGCCUAUAUGGGGCACUUUAUGUAGAUCUUCCCGUGAAGGACCUGAAAACUUUCUACAAUGCCCCACCGCCUCGCCUUUCCAGCCCCAGCCUGCAUGCCGUGGAACUGGUGCAAAAUGGUGACCAGAUGUUUAUGCCCCACUACAGUCCGAACCCCUGGCUUGCCAGUACUAGCGGAGCAGCACAUCAAGGGCCACGGAAGGCAAAGGGCUCCCUAUCUCCAAAUCUUAUACCUCAGGGAUCCUGGAAUAAAAAUAGCAAGAAAGAGCUACAACAAGCACACAGCACGCCCACGCAGCCAUCUAGCUUUUCGGCAGACUGGAGCAGCCAGGGCAGCCAGACAAGCUCUCGUAUCAGCUCUGGGAAGCACCGGAGAACUCAUGGGGAGAUGAAGAAGGUGCUGAAAACAUACAGCUCCUCAAAGUUCUCAAAAUGCGGCACCUCGCAGAACAGUGCCGGUUUGUUGCCUCCUCCUCCUCCCAUCCCUCCGGGUUUUCAAGCUCCCCAAGAUCACAGCACCCAGCCAGUGUGUACCUGCACUUGCUACCGGGAUCCUCCCAUGGACUUGGUCCUUCCGAAACAAGACAAAGAUUCCCUGCCGGCAACCAGCGAGUCCCUGGGAGAAAGCCAUACCUUCCCCACACUGCCUUACAGCCGUCUUUCUGCAGCCUCGAUCUCUGUAUCUCUCAAUGAUGAUGGGGAGACGGUUCUGACCCCUGAGGAGGUGGCCGAAUACCUAGAGCUUAGCGAGGAUGCAGAGCAUCAAAGGCAACAGAGCGACAGCGUUUCUGCUCCUCCGCGGGUCUUCUCUCCACCUCAUACCUAUGGCUACAUCUGUGGUCCGCUGGCCUCUGAGCUGCUAGAGAACAGUGUCGUGGACGACGACCCCAACAUGGAGGAGGAAGGUGGCUGCCGUUCCACAAAGUUCUUCCGCAGUUUCUGCUGGACCCCCUCGUCCAGCCUGAGUGAGGACGAUGCCUCGCUGGGAGGCUCCCUGCUCAACGGGUGGGGAUCUGUUUCGGAGGACAACGGCACCAGCACGCGCUGCAGUCUGGUCAGCUCCACCGAUGGCUCCUUCCUUGUUGACGCCAGUUUUGCCCAAGCUCUGGCCGUGGCGGUGGACAGCUUCUGCUUUGGGCUGACCCAGAGGGACAUUGACAAGGCGUUGACAGACAUUUUGCCUUCAGCACCCCCUCUCAAUGGACUCCUGCAACCGCACGCUUCCUUGGAGAGCUCAGAGGAAACUCAGCAGAAGCCUCCCGGAUCGCAGCUCCUUCCUGCGUGGGAGUGGAGCACAGAUUGGGUGGAUGAGAUGGAAGCCAAGUAUCCGCAGCAGGCUGAGAACUGGAACGCCAUCCCGGAGUUGGGAAAGGGAAAGGCGGCGGCAGUAGCGGCACUGGGAGAAACCCAGCCACACACUUCUGCCUUGCAGGGGAUAAAGGGUGCCUGCAUGUCUGACUCAAGCAGCUAUCCAGACAGAGAAGCUGGGGCCAUCAAGGCUCCUCUGACAGCCACCCAGGACUCUGGGUCAGGAUCCUUUGCCAUUCCCAAGAGAGGAGAGGAACCGCUUGUGGAAAAGCUCGCCAUGCCAAACAAAGGGGGUCGCUGAGACACCCAGAGAGCACAUCUGAGUGUGGGGACAAAGGUGCCUUGAAACAGAUCAAGGCAGGCCCCUCCUUCACUUCUUUGGAAAAGGGUCUGCCAGGAUCAGAGAAGGAUGGGGAAGACGUUCAAUUCAGUUUGCAUUGAGAGGCGGAUCAAUCAAAUUCACACUUUUCAAAAUGAUAGACAGACAUCCUUUGAAAUCUGACCUUGUCCAGAUUUUGCAAUGCACUUCUCCAAUCAAUGUUUACAAAACACGGCCAGAUUAUGGGAGGGGGUGCAUAAAAAGGAAUACAUUAGCGAAAAUAACAUACCCCCCAAAAAAGAAUUAUAUUAGGGGAAAUUGCUUGCAAAAAAAUAUGUACGUUAGUUAAAACUGCCAUUUCGAAAAGUGUUUAUUAGGAGAAAUUCAUAUGUUGGUGAAUUUUCACGAGGAUUUGCAAAUCGCUGGAGAAAUGUGGAGAACAGAAUUUAAGACCGGAAGAAAUGAGGAACCGAGGGAACCAAAAUUGACAGCUCCUUCAUUCCCUAGCUCCGAUCAACAUCUCUUCUUGGCCAGUAGAUUUCACCAAUCUUGGCUUUUGUCAACAAGUCCAAGCUUAUAUCUAUUUGUAAGCUCUCCUGGGAAGGAGGAUUUCCAUGGAAGUUCCUUGAGAGUCCUUGAGCCAGUUCUGCCUGCAUGCUGUCCACCUUUGCAAAAUUUCAGAAAGUCUCUUCUCAUUCCAGCAUCUCACAGGGGGAGACAAACCCCUGUCUGAAACCCUGGACUGAUGACAGCACUGAGUUCGAGGGAUCAAUGGCCUGAUUCUGUGUAACCUCCUCUUCCCACCUCCGCCAUAGCAUUGUUUGUAAUACUGUAUAUGUGGAAGCAGGAACCUGCCCAUAUCGUGUUCGCAAUUUUUUAGCUUUGAGACUAGUUUGGACUAUUGAGCAUCAUGCAGCCCUGUGCAAACUUAAGUGGGAGUAAGCCUCAUGGAAAACAGCGAGACUUCCUUCUGAGUAAAGUGGUGCAAUUGCAUAAUUUUAGACUGUGUUCUUAACACCCCUCCCCUCUUUAGACAGCAAUAUAUAUUACUUAACUUAAAAAUGUGGUAAGCCAGCAUGUAGGAUUGAUGCACUUAGGAGCAUAGCUGCCAAGUUAUCCCUUUUUUAAAGGGAUUUUCCCUUAUGCUGAAUAGGCUUCCUCGCGAGAAAAGGGAAAACUUGGCAGCUAUGCUUAGGAGCCUUCCUGCUCCUGCAGCUGAAUGGAUCCCUGGACAUCUGCCCCCAAAGUCCUACCUGGAUGGCACCACUGAGCUGAAUGUAUUUAGCUUUGCAACAGGAAAACCUUCACCUGCUGAUUCUUGCAUAUUAAAUGGACUAUAAAGGGAGAAGAGCAAAGCCAGACCAGUGUUUUCUUCUUCUCCUUCUUCUCCUGGCCAUAUUGGCAACUCUUCAGAAGUCUGAUCAUCGCAGGAGCCUCUGAGGUGGAGAUCAGUGUCAGGAUAAUGAAGAAAAACCCUCUGGGCCUUUUCAUCAUUGGCUUCUCUCCCAGGAUCCAUCAGCCUCUGCCACCAUCUGGGUUGCUGACUUGCAAGGACAUUUCUACGGGGGAGGGGGGCACUUUUUCUAAUCUCCUACUUAACUAUUGAUCGCCAAUGCUGUGGAUUUUUAAAGUUUGGACUGAGGUCCCCAACACCAUCGUCCCCAUGCAGCCUGUGGUGGUUUCUUAGAGAGAGAGAGAGAGAAAGAAAGAAAGAAAGAAAGGAAGGAAGGAAGGAAGGAAGGAAGGAAGGAAGGAAGGAAGGAAGGAAGGAAGGAUCUUCAAAGUGGAGAAAAUAGCAACUUGGUAAUCAUUUUCAACUUGGGCAGCCCUUUGUUGCUUUCUCUGUUUUUACCUUUUUGCAGGAGAACUUUUUACGUCGCUGCAAACAUUUUCUUCCUUUUGAAUGUCUACUAAUUGUGCUUGAUGUGGCGCAUCUACUAACUUUUUCAUGUGUGUGUGGCCUUACUGUGUAAAUAAACUGAAACGUUUCCAAAAGGUGCAAUCCAUUUCGAAGCGUCACAGUGUUUCAAAGAGGCCAUAAUAUGUGCCAGUUGUUUCCUUCUGUACAUCCUUUACCUAAGAGGUAUUUACAACUGACCAGGUUGGGGGUGAGGGAAAGGUGGGGAGAAGCUGGUUCAGGGCAAGUCAUCCCCAGAGGAUGUGGGUGUCCAUUUCCCAGACCAUCCAACUGAUAGAAUUCGGCAAGGAGUGUACCUGAAGACAUGGUAGCUACGUAGAGGGGCUGGAUGCCCCAGGUACAGAGGCCAAAUGCAGCUUUCUGUCUGGUCCUUAGACUUCCCCCCAGGCCACACUUCUCCCCAGUCCUACUUUGCCAGACUAGAAAGUGUCCUUCAACUCUGCCUCUUGCAUGCAUGCAUGUGUGCGUGUGUGUGUGUGUGUGGACACACAGAAAGAGAGAGACCAAAUAUAUCACCUAGUAUGUCACUAAAUGGAUAUGCACAUUUUCUUUUAUUUUACUAUUUUACCGCCCUUCAUCAUAAGAUCUCAGAAUAAAAUACAGGAUAAAAACAUGAAAAUAAAUAAAAACAAAUCAGCAAAACAAUAACCCUCACUUCCCACAAACACAUUUAUUUAAAAGGCUGUAUAAUAUUAGUCAGUCAAAGGCCUGGUGGAAGAGGAACAUUCAAAAGCUGAAGAUGAUUUGGAAACUUCGGCUAGUGCAGAAUUCAGCAGCCAGGUUGCUCACUGGGGCAGGGCAGGUUGAGCAUAUUAAAACAAUCCUGGUGCGACUGCACUGGCUACCAAUUAGAUUCUGGGCCCAAUUGAAGAUGCUGGUUUUGACCUAUAAAGCCUUAAUUGGCUCAGGACCGUAAUACCUCAAGGACCGCCUCUUUCCAUAUGAACCUACCCAGACCCUGAGAUCAUCUUCUGAGGCCCUUCUUCGUGUGCCUCCUCCUUGAGAGGUCAAGAGGGUGGCAACACUAGAACAGGUCUUCUCUGCAGUGGCUCCCCCUCUGUGGAAUGCUCUCCCCAGGAAAGUUUGCCAGGUGCCUUCAUUAUACACCUGUAGACGCCAGGCAAAAACAUUUCUUUUUAACCAGGCUUUGGUUGUUUUGAUUGACAUCCUAAGUUAAAACGUGUGGUUUUUUGGGGGGGGUGUUUUUGGGUUGUUGUUUUUUUAUUUUUUAUUUUGUCGUUUUAUAUUUUGAUUUUCUUCUGUGAACUGCCCUGAGACCUCUGGGUAUAGGGCAGUAUAUGAAUAAUAAUAAUAAUAAUAAUAAUAAUAAUAAUAAU